AAAAAGAGGGAGAAGCCAGGCCUGAGGUAUUCUGUAUUGAUUGAGGUAUUUUCUAUUGACGCGUAUCGGUGCUUAUAUGUUGACGAAAAUUCAACAUCGGCCCUUAUGUACAAGCAAGCAAAACUAAAACAAUCCAAAAUCAAGAAUUCUUGGCUUCUCUCUUUUCUCCAACACAAUCAUCCAUUUUGUCUCUCCAUUUUUCUUAAGUUUGAGGUGUUGAGUUUAAUACUUUUUGUUUCCUUAAGGCCUUGAUCAGAAAGGGCAUUCACUCAUUCGGGGUCUCCUGAAGAGAGCGGGUGCCCAAUUUCCUCGCUCCUAUUUAGUUACUCCAAGUUCCGACCACAACAACUUUUGCUUCUACAAUCAGGAAAUAGAGAACAAUUGGUGAUUGUCGAUGACACUUGAAAAGGUUUUUGAGGUACCAACAUAGGUUGUAGGUGAUAGAUACCAUGGGUGCAGUUUGUUGCUGCUUGCGAGACGAAUGUGAAGAUUUUGCCAACCCAAACAGCUCAAUGUAUAGGAACUGUAUAUGCCUUCAAGGUCUUGUUCAGAACUUCUUGCAUGUGUAUGCAUCACUUUUCCAUAGAGGAGAACGACAUGUCAUUCCUUCAUCUGAACAAGGUGCAGCAUCAUUGAGUUCUACAGCAUCUCUUGAUGACUCGCUAUCUGACGUGUACCGUUCUCCUCCGAGACCAAUGCCUUAUGAUGCUGAUCCAAGAUAUUUCCGCUUGCAACAAGAUGGACAAGUCUCAAGAAGGGGGGAGAAAGGCUCAAGCCGCUCACAUGAUGAAACUGAACCACUACAAAGAAGUUUCGAUGACCCUGAAUCGUUAAGUGAUGUAAAUAAAUGGAGUCAGCCUACAUUUGAAGAAGGAUCAAAAGAAUACAACAAAUCUUCUGUGGAAUUCUCAACAGCUAAAAUGGCUUCUGGAGAUGCUCAUAUCUAUUAUUAUUCAGAAGAUGAAGAUGUCUGCCCGACAUGUCUUGAAGAAUAUACAGAGGAAAACCCAAAAAUAAUGACAAAAUGCUCUCACCAUUUCCACCUGAGUUGUAUAUAUGAGUGGAUGGAAAGAAGUGACAGCUGUCCAGUUUGUGGAAAGGUCAUGGCAUUUGAUGAAUCGACCUGAUCUUUGCUGAAGAAGUUACAGUUGGGGGUGAAACCAGCAGUAGUAAGGGAUUAUAAAAUCGGAACAGAUGAAUUAAAGUCUGUGUGAAUACCAUUUUGCUAAAUAUGUUGUGUAUAGUGAAUACAAAAUAAGUAAUUGCUGAACAUAUCCCUGAUUAAUGCUUGAGUUUCCAUAUUGUUAUUGUUUUCACAUUAAUAUUGCACCCCCAGUUUGGUGGAUUUUCCAAA